CUCCGCAGACUCCCAGCCUCUAUCUCCAUAGCCACACGUCGAGCGCCAAAGUCUGUUUCUUCCGUUCGCCUGGAGCUAAAUACAGCUGAGCAGCCCCACGUCUCGUCCAUAAAAAAAGGAAGCCACAGCUCUGCAUGGUAGAAGCCACGUACCGCAAAACCCAGCCCAGAAACAACCACGUGAGCGAGAGAGAAACCACAGGUGGAGGCUUCCAUCCUCACCCAUGGGCCAUGCUGCCGCUCGGUGUCAAACGGGGCUGGGUGAUUCGCCGGAGGCCACUGAAGCUGUUCUUGGCAGAGGAUGGCGGCCGGGAACGCUCCUAUGCGAUAGCAACCGUGCCCCGCGACAACUGCAUGCGCGCGGCCGCACCAGCACAAUGGAUGUCACAAAGGACCAGUCGGAUGCGGGACCUCUCCGCGGCCGGGACUCUCGUGAUUGCGCGGGCUCUGAAACUGCGUGUGGUCACGAGGAUCUGAAGAAUCACCCUGGUAACUGGAAUCUCAAGUGCCAGGAGAAGAACAGGUGAUUCAGGAGGAGCCACGUAUCGAGGAGUAUGAUCUGAUCUAGGUGGCGUUUCUCAGUUGACAUUGGCGCCGACGAUCCUUAGUUCAUUUUAUAUUUAUUCUUUUAUUUUGUAAUAAGUCUUCCGCUAUGUAUUAAAUACUCUGAUUAUUGUGACAUUUAUCUCUAUGCACUCUGUUAUUGCA